ACAUCGGGAUCGAAAACAUUUCCGACAGUUCUGUUGUUUUUACGUCUUUUUUUCGUCAUGGGUACCCUGAUAGAGUCGUAUGAACAACAGUAUUCAAGCUUAACGGCAGAUAUCACAUUUAACAUAGGAAGAAUAUCCAAUACACAUGGAGCUGAAAGACAGGUACAUAUCAGACAAGCAGAGAAGUUGUUUGAUGAGGCCACAGAAUUGCUUGAGCAGAUGGAACUUGAAGUUAAAGAUUUACCUCUGAAAGACAGACAGAAAUACAACACAAGAGUUAAAAGUUAUAAAGCAGAACUCGCAAAAUUACAAAAAGAUAACAAACGAGCCAAAGUUGGGAUAGACAGCAGUAGAGAUGAGCUUCUGGGAGAUGACACCCACGACUCUGAAGAUCAGAGACAGAGGCUCCUAGACAAUACUGAGACAUUAGACAGAACCUCCAGAAGACUGGACCAUGGAUACAAAAUCACGUUAGAAACAGAACAGAUAGGUGCCCAAAUCAUGGAAGAUCUUCAUAAUCAAAGACAGACAAUAAACAGGUCUCGGCACAGGAUGGAAGAAAUGAACACAAACCUUGGAAAAAGCUCUCGUGUUUUAUCAGGAAUGAUGAAAAGAAUUAUACAAAAUCGUCUCCUUCUUCUGGUGAUCUGCGCUGUUCUUGUUGUGGUGGUUGUGUUGGCCAUAUAUUUUAUGGUGAAGAGGAAGUCAUGACAACAACUCCCUGCUAGGAGACUUUGGGGUCAUUAGUGCAAUCUCUCCAAAACUUCAGUGAAUAUGUUUGUGAAUGGGUUUUUUUUUAGUUCAGUGCCAUGUACAAUUGUAAUAAAAUCCAAAUAUAAAGUUUGAAAAAAAGAAUCAAAAUACUUUAAAAGGCAGUGAGAAAUUAAAAAAAAAUUAACUUGGAGGACAGAAACCUUAAUUAUACCAGGAAAGUAACUUUCUUGGGUAUAUUUGGGAAUUUUAUUUGAUUAAGAUUUAAAAAUAGAUGCAUUUACUAGAUUUUGUUAGCCAGUUUUUUAAAUUUAUUUUAAGAAAUAUACCAGUAUGCAAACUACUUUUAAGAUUGUUAUAAAAUUUUGAUGUGUUACUACAUAUAUAUAUACAUUAAGUAUCAAGAAGUUAAGUUUGAGCUAGGAUGUACAGUUUUAUUUUAUCAAUUAAUAUUGCAUAAUAAAAAAAAUUUUAACUAAAAAAAUUACCAUUUUUGUGACAUAAUGGACCAAGACUUGAAGACGUGAAAAAUAAUAACUGCCGUCAGGGAGGGAAAAAAAAUCAUACAUGCAUGAUCAUGCUUAAGCACAUAAACGUGAAAACACUUUACCCUGUAAAUUUAAACAAGCUUUUCAUUUUUUAAUAGAACACAUUUUGGAUUUCCAGUUUUUUUUUAUUUGGUGAAAAGUACUUCCUACAGAUAUCAGGAUAGACCCAUCUCUCAGAUAUAUUAUAUAAUCUUAAAACAUUGGCGUGGAUCGAUUUCAUGCAUUCCUUUAGGCUUUGACAAGUUUUUUUUUAAAUAAAUAAUGACAAGUUUUAUACUACUAUAGAUAAUUUGAUACAAAUAUAAUUUAGUAUGAUUAAUUUCCAUUUUUCACUGCGAUUCACAUUUUGUUCACCAAAUUUUAUUUUAUUUACAAAUAAUUUUACUAGAUAAUAAUAACAGGAAAAUUAAAUUCACAUGAAUAAUAUUAAUAAGUAAAUCAAUGCCUAUAUUGUAUAAAGUAAAGAAUACAUGGAAUUUAUCCCUUUAAGAUAAAUACAGUGUAACUGCAGACACAUACAUGUAUUAUCAUUUUUGAAGGGGACAGCCAGGGAAAAAAAAUGACAGUCUCAUCAUUUAGCUGAUGCUAGACUUAUUUUAAGAAUGUAAUGUGUACAAAACGUUUACUUGUAUAUGAAUGUUUUGAGAUGUCCCCUGACAUUAAGAGAAGAACACACUGCUCUAGUCACAAUGACUAUUUCAAUCAUUUAAUCUUGAUUUUAUGGUUAUAUAUCUUUGAAGGUUAGGUUAAUACAUAAAUGUCUGUAAAUUGAUGUAAACUUCAUUUAAAGAGUUCACUAAUUUAUUUAGUAUCCUGAUCAUGGUUUUCUGCUUUAUUGAUUAUACAAACCACUGCUUUUUGUUGUUUCUAUUUGUGGUUUGAUUUCCAUGAAAUGUCAAUCACAGGCACUCUCAGAUAUUGCAAUUAGAUGAAAAGCUUAAAUAUUUUUGAAACAAUACAGUAUUGUUAAUCUUUAUGUUCUGUAAGACUAGAAAGAAAAGACAUUUAUUGACUAUAAAAAUACAGAACUUUAUAUAUUAUGAAUUCAGAUAUAGAGAAUACUUGAAGAUUAUUUAAAAUUUUUACAUCUUUUUAGAUGUACUGUAAACCAUUUAUUCAUAUCUGUUCAAAACUGGGAGUUUUUCAUGUAUCAUUAAACAAGCAACUGUAUUCCCUUUAAUUUGAGUUUGAACCAGACCACUUAAAUGAAACGGGUUUGAAAUGUCUUGCACUACUUUGAGCAAUUAGAUUGCAAGCUGAUAUGGCUAUUUUGAUGUAAUAGUUAAAAAAUUAUUCAGUAGGUUCUUAUGAAAUCUAUUAAAUAUUUAUUUUUAUGAUUUAAUGUUUACAUGUGUUAAAUGUGAUGUGAUAAUAUGUGUCAAAAUAAAUGAUAUCAUUUUUUUUUCA